AUGAGGUUUACAUCCGCCAUCCUGGGUCUUGCCCUGACGACCAAAACAUUAGCUCUCUGCCCUUAUGCAGAGCGAGCCCUUCAGGACCCCGAUUUCUUGAAACAACAUCUCAAGGAGCGAGAUGCGCCGAAAGCAGAGAAACAACAUGAUAAGAGACAGAGCGGGCCAGGGAACAUUCCAUUUACCACCUUUAACGAGAACCAAUUGAUCAACGUCACCGGUGAAUACGCUUGGGUUGCCCCGGGACCCAAUGACAUCCGUGGUCCCUGCCCUGGCCUCAACGCCCUUGCCAACCAUGGCUACUUUCCCCACAGCGGGGUUGUUCCCCUUUCCGUCGGUGCAAGUGCCACCGAGACAGUAUACGGUCUCGCUGCGGACUUUGGGAUUCCCUUGACGGUCUAUGCUACACUUGUUGACGGAGAUGUUGUUGGGGAUACAUGGAGUAUUGGGGGUAAGCAGCCGCAGACGGUGACCUCGCCUAUCCUUGGGGCGGGCGAUGGUCUGUCCGGAAGCCACAAUAAGUAUGAGAGCGAUGCGAGUCCCACACGUGGCGAUUAUUACCUUUACGAUGGAGAUGUCUCAAGCGUGAAGGUUCCAAAAUUCCAAGCAUUGUACGACCUGCAAAACACUGCCGCAGUCCCCAACUAUGACCUUGACACGCUCAUACAACAUCGAAAGUACACUUUCGACAACUCUUUGACCACGAACCCUUAUUUCUUCUUCGCGCCCUUCGCAGGCGUAGCAGUGGCAAAUGCCGCCCACACUUUCAUUCCGGCCUUGAUGUCAAACCACUCUGCAGAGUACCCGAAUGGUAUACUGGACACAGAAACCCUUAAAUCCUUCUUCGCAAUCACCGAAGCAGCCAACGGCACGUUGUCAUGGACUCCCGGCUACGAGCGUAUCCCAGACAACUGGUACCGCCGCCCCCUCGGCGCUGUUAAUGAAUACAGCCCAGUCUCAUUCGCCCAAGACCUCGUGCAGAUUGCCGCCGUCGUCCCCGAAGCCGUCUCAGUGGGCGGUAACACCGGCGAAGUAAACACCUUCACGGGCGUCGACCUCGGCAAUAUCACCGGCGGCGCCUACCAAACCUCUGACCUCACAAACCCGACCAAGUUUGUCUGCUUCUUCUACCAGCUGACCCUGGCAAUCGUGCCGGAUUUUCUGAGGAGCGAGGCUCUUGGCAGUGCGCUUGCUGGGGCGUUGAAUCUGUUGCAGACGGAGAUUUCACCUUUUGUGGAUCCAAGUUGUGCUACAAUCGCGAACUACAAUGACGCCUUCGCCGCACAGUUCCCCGGUGCUGCUGUUGGCCAGCCCUGA